AGUUGCUGAGCUAACCGAAACCAGAGAGAAGGUGAAGAGAAUUGUUGGACAUUUUAAGAGCAGCUGUGUCUCUAUGGAGAAACUUUCAAAAUAUCAGCAGGAAAUGAAGCUUCCAGAGUACAAACUUGUACAAGAAGUUGAAACCAGGUGGAACUCCAUAUACUUGAUGCUCGAACGCUUCCUAGCCGUUAAAGUCCCACUGUCUGCUGCCUUAUCAACAAUAGAUGCUGGACUGCCAGUCCUCUUCAGCUCUGACUGGGAUGCGAUUGAAAGUGCUGUGAGGAUUCUCCAUCCAUUCUUUCAGGUAACAGAGGAGAUCUCUGCAGAGCUCAAUGUAACAGCAUCCAAAUGCAUUCCUAUGGUUCGAAACCUACAGAAGGUCACCACAAGUAUGAUGCAGCAACAAGAAAAAGGUAACAUUGGAUAUCGUCUUGCAGAAGCUCUGAAUGGUACCCUUCAGCGUAGAUGCAGUGCCUAUGAGACUUCACGUCUUCUGUCAAAAGCAACCAUCCUCGAUCCGCGCUUCAAAACACUUGGAUUCAUAAGUCCACAGAAGGCUGAUGAGGCUGUGAAGAGCCUCUCAUCUGAAGGUGCAAUGUUUGUUUUAGAAGGACAGGCACAAGCAUCUACACCUUUAGCUUCUUCAACAGCAAAUGAACUUUGGCAUGAUUUUGACACUCAGGUAAGAGAUUAAAUUGAAAGGAUAGCAGAGGGAUAGAAAAUGUGUUGUUUAUUUACUGUGCUUACCCUUGGGCCAUUCAAGAAGUAGGUGACUCAUGAAAGUUCAAUUGAUAUUUUUCCCUUAAUAUUUGUAUCGUAUGGUAACUGCUCACAUAUGUGAGCAAUAACGUAUGGAAGAAUGUGCUGUAUCAUAAGUUCACAACUGUGUUGUGUUUGCAGUUGUUUGCAGAGUAUGUUUGUUAAUAUUCUGAGCAAAAGAUUAUUCAGUAAAAGCCUUUG